AUGAGGGCUGUACAUGAAAGACCGGUCCACUUCAUGGACAGUGUUAGAAGCCCUCCAGCUGGCUAUCCUAGUCUCCUGUGUGAAGAGUUGGAAAACAAAGGUAGCCAGGAGAAGAAGACAAGCGAGGAAGAGGAGGUGGUGAGGGAAGAACACGAUGGAAGAAAGGACUGUGAAGUUAGUCACAGUGCGUCACAAGCUGAAGAGCAAGCCGCUCAGGCGGAGGACCCCAAAGAUGCCACCAACAAAAAGCAGAAAAAGAGUAGAAGGACAAGAACGAAGAAGCCCAAUGAGCGCCCGAAAAAGAAAAGAGGACAAAAGGACACCAUUGAAGAUGAAGCCAAAGUUGUCCCGACAAGCCCCGAGGAGAAGUCCGCUCUGAUGGAGCCCCCCGUCCCACUCGUGACCACCUGUGACCUGCCCGAGCCUGUCAUUACAGACUGUGCUGGGUUAGGUAUGCACGGACCCCCCUCUCCUAUACCCCAGGUCGACUCGCCCAUGAACGCUGUCCAGCCUGCCGCGACCAAGAGGCCUCCCAGCCCCCCUUUUCCACAAAGUGUGUCCCACCACAGCCUGGAACCACUGGAGAUGGAGAUUACCCAAGUGUACUCUACCCGUCGCUCCAUCCGCUACAUCACCCACGGUCGAGGCCAGACCGGCAAUAUCCCGCAGCCCCCCAAGCCCGACAGCGCUGAGGGUUGCCCGCUGCCACCGCCGCCACCUAAGAAGAAGACGAGGACUCUUUACAGCACAAAUCAGUUAGAGCAUCUGGAAGCCUUGUUCCAGGAGGACCACUACCCUGAUACUGACAAGAGGAAAGUUAUUGCCGCAUCAGUCGGCGUCACGCCUCAGAGGAUUAUGGUAUGGUUUCAGAAUCGACGAGCCAAGUGGCGCAAAGUAGAGCGCUUAGUGUCAUGUAAAGCUGAACAGCUACACAACAGGGGCAGGUGGAGUCCUGCCCGUCCCCGUGCCCAAUCUUUGCUGCCCAAUAUGCAAACUGAAGCUAGCGGCAACAUAGCACCUGUGUUCUCUGGACACUUUGGCACCAAGAUGCCGCUGCUGGACUCUGUGCUGCCUGUGCCACCUUUCUCUGCACUCUCCACGCAAACCCAGCCCUCCUUCAGCCAACUUCUGGCCACCAGUCCAGGUCAGUCCAGAGUGGGAGAGCAACCUGACUUCCAUCCCCGCCCCAUGCUCAGCCCUCCCCCCCUCAGGCGAGCCAGCCUCCCCCUUCUCGCCACCUCCACUGCCUUCAACCUUAACAUGCCCCCACCGCCGCCGCCUCUCUUUGUGGAUGAAGGCGGCUCCUUGGCCCAACGCGACAGCCGCACUCUGCAGAUAGACGCCAGUUCUCUGUUUGACUUCAGCGACAAGACGGACUUUCAGAACAACACUCAGCUGUCCUUCCAGCUGCAGACGUCUUACCCGAACGGGCCCACCCAGCCGCUGCCGCCGCAGCAGCUUCAAGCGUCCGCAAGUCAUCCGCCACGCAUGGCCUUCCUCACCCCCUCCCCCUUCCUCACAACCAAUCCACCGGACGACAUCUCCUCCUCCUACAUAGCCUUCGGUCCUUCCGGGAGUUCCACUUAUUCCUCUGGGGGCCACACUUAUGUUCAGUCGCACGGCGGCGGGCAAAUUAUGAUGCAGCCCAACAACCCUGGUAGCUUGGUGUCCUACCCGUCAUACCCUUGGGCUAACAUGUACGCCCAGCCUGGAGUUCAGCAGCUCGCCCCUAGUUACCCGGCCGGAUUCGCUGGCGCUGCCCGUGACCGCCAGGUACCUUCGUCCUCCGCCAGCAUGCCACCAUCCUUCCAGCGCACAUACACACUUGGCAGCGCCGUCCUCCCGCCCGUGUCCACCUUGCAGCCGUCCCGCCUCAGGGUCGAGAACAGGGGAGCGGAGGCGGCCCCUAUGCCCCCCUUGCAGACCAGCCCUGCAUGCUCCCCUCGAAGCCCUGUGGCGCCCUCUUGUGUCAAGAUCGAGUCAGACAGUCCGCAUGAGAUUCCCAGCCACUUUAACUGUGACUUCUCUGCUAUUCACUUUUGA